CAACAGAGGCAGAGCCGCAGGAAGAGAAUAAUAAAGAUUAUAAAUUGAAUAUAAAAGUUUAAAAGAUGACCACUGCCCGUUUUGCACGUUCGGGUCGCCUCCGGCUUUGCAUUCUCCUGGGAAUGUUUAUUGGACUUAUCCUUAUGAUCUUUGUCUACCACAUGUCUCAGAACCAAUUGGACGAGACCCGAGCCUUUCAGGUACGCUGCGAAAAAAACCAAGAGGGCCUAAACGAGCAGCUACAAUCACUGACAGAGCAGAAAUUUGCAGCUGAAAAGAAUCUGGACAUGAUGCGCAAUGAGAAAAUUAGUAUGCAGCAGAAUUACGAUGCACGUCUGAGCGAAUCGGAGCACAAGCAUGGGGAGAAGGAGCGUGAGUUGGCAGAGAAGUACGAGGCACAGCUAACCAAGCUGAAGUUGCUGGAAAAGAAACAUGCCGACUUGGAGGCGGACUGUGUGAAGAGCAAGAAACAGCACUUGGAGGACACCAAUGCAUUCGAGCAGAAGCUGCAGUCAUUACUCGCUGAACUUCAAAAGGACAAGAGUGCCAAGGAGCAGGAGGUGGCGGCUUGGAAGGAAAAAUACGAUGUAUUAUUGCGUGAUUCAGAGCGUAAGACGCACAGUCUGGAGGCCACCAUAGUCGAUUUUAAGGCGCAUUGCGACUAUGUGCCUAAGGUUCAACCUGCAGAGGCACCAGCAGAACAACAACAACUCAAUAGACCCGCUUCGCGCACACCGGAAACCACACAUAACUCGAGUCCAUCACAAUUGGUGCACAGCAUUGAGAAACCGCGCAAUUCCAAAUCCUUCAACGAACAAGUGCAAGUGAGUGACGGAUUCUAUCGGAUUGGCGGCGGGGUAAAUCUGAUAAGAAUUAACAAAACUGCAACAAAUGCAACAACAACUUCUACUAACAACAUCAAGCCUCAGUCUAGAAAGGAGCAGGAGCAGCUGCAACUAUUCCCUUUUUCCGCAACACGCAACAAUCACAGUCUGAUACUAAAUUCUGUUGAAAACUUUCAGAUUGUGCCAAAAUCAUUAAAAACCGCCGGCAAUGAUGCAGAUGCCGAACUAAAGCAACAGGAGCAGCCCGUCCUUGCCAUUUCAGCGUCCCCAUUGAGUGCGCCACGGAAACCGAGCAGCACAGCCAGCUCAGUUGGAGGAGCAGCAGGUGCGGGAGCCGGCGCUAUCCCAGAAGCUGGUGAUGCCUCGAUAGCACCUAAACUGAGCAGCAGCAGCGGCAUGCCGCCCUUGGCAAUGCCACCGCCCAAGCCCGCAGAACGCAAGCUGCCCGAGAACGUGGCGCCCAUACCAGAGAACUUCGAGGACAAAGCCGAGAGUAACAAACUCGAUCCAGCUGAUGUGGAUACAGCCGCCGAAGAACUGCCCAAGAAUGAGAUUGGCAAUGACAAUAAAAACAAUCGCUAUGCCAAUGCUGUCAACGAUCUAGAGCAGGGCAAGGCAUUAGGUGUAGCGCCCAAACCAAAUGAAGAUUCCGGAGCUCACGAGGUUAAGGAUUUCAUGAAUGAGCAAAAUUUUAAUUUACCCGCAGCUGCGGCCGAGAAUCAUUUCUUUGAUGGCGAUGCGGCUGCCCCAGCUGCUGGAAACAACGACGAAGGCGUAAAGGAUGCGGCAGCUAACAAUAAGCAGCCGGCCCAAGCCAACGAGGCAGGCGAGGAUGACGACGAUAUAGCCGAUGUGGCUGUUAAACAGCCACAACAUUUACUCGAUGCUGAGAAUUUGAAUAAUGAAAUCGCUGGCGAUCAGGGCAAAGAAUUUCCCGAAGGACUGCAUUUGGAUGAUGGCAUAGAGGAGGAUCAGGAUGAAGAUGACUAUUCCUUUCCGCAACGAAAACAGGGCGCUGAGGCCAUUAGACAUUGAGCUCCAAGAGCUUUUUCCGCUUGAUGCAGUCAGAGUGCAUAAAACAACAUUGUAUGUAUCUAUAUAAGCGGGAUGUGUGCAAAGAAAAAUUAAGAAAUUAACCCCAUUGGUAGAAUGUAAUUAAGUUGCAGUGCAAAAAUGGGCAUGGAAUAGGAACUAUUAACCUCAUUCUAACACGUCUAACAAGGCUAAUUUCUCCUUGAAGUUAUUUCUAUUUAAAAUAGCAUCACCUUUCUGCUUUAAGUUGCGUAAGUCCCAUAUAAUACCUUGAAUUAACAAUAUAAUUAGUCUAAGUCAAUAAUAUUUCUAGCACACCCAGUGAGAGCUAUUUAAAGUACUAAUGUGUCUGUUAAUCUCGAAAAUGAUAUUGAUAUUCAAAGAAUAUUCCAUCUUAAUAUAAUCCUAUAAGUUCAAACAGUAUGUACUCCGGGCUUGACAUUUUGUAAAUUACAAAUGAACCCUUUAAUUAAUUCCUCGAAAUUUGUAAACUAAGUUUUCUAGCAAAGUUUCCCUUUACGAACAAAAUAUUUUAAAUAACAUUUCUUCUAAGAAUUAGUCGCAAAUUUUAAAUACCUUUAACAUUACCUCUCACACAAAAUCAUUUAUAUUUCCAGCAGAG